CUCUUUCCGCCCGACCCGCCAUCUUCUCAGCAGCGAGGGUAAUCAGGCAUCAUGACGAACACCAGAGGCAAGAGGAGGGGAACCCGGUACAUGUUCGCCCGGUCCUUCCGCAAGCAUGGCCCUAUUCCACUGUCCACUUACAUGCGAAUCUUCAAGAAAGGAGAUAUCGUUGACAUAAAGGGAACAGGAACCAUCCAGAAAGGAAUGCCUCACAAGUGCUACCAUGGCAAGACCGGUCGCGUCUACAACGUUACCCAGCAUGCCGUGGGCAUCAUCGUCAACAAGCAGGUCAAAGGCAAGAUCCUGGCCAAGAGAAUCAACGUGCGCAUCGAGCACAUCAAGCACUCGAAGAGUCGCGACAGCUUCCUGCAGCGCGUCAAGGAGAACGAGAAGAAGAAGAUCGAGGCCAAGCAGGCUGGUACCUGGGUGGAGCUGAAGCGCCAGCCGGCCGCCCCACGCCCCGCCCACUUCGUCAGCACCAAGAACAACGAGCCCCAGCUGCUGGAGCCAAUCCCCUACGAGUUCAUGGCUUAAAUCUGACCAAUAAACAGCUUUCCCACA